ACCUACUAAAAAGAACUACUAAAAUUCCUGAGGAACCAAAGGAUCAAAUGGGGAUUAAAUAGAUGCCUGCUAUUCCGUCGUGAAAACGGCCAAUGAUAACUACAUUUUAUGAAAACUGAAUAGGUAUCAUAAGUAACAUAGUAAAGUAACAUAUAUAAGUAACAUAGUAAAGGUAUCACCAAAGACUAGCGUUUCGCUAACCCAAGCGGCUCAAACUGCAGAUUACCCGGAGUUCACGCUCCAAACGCCUGUUCCGUUUCAGGACAAGCGUCUGCAGCGGCUGCGCCAGUGCUGCGCGCUGGUGGCGCUGGCAUGCUGCGCGCUGCUGGCCGCGCGCCUGUCACUGCUGCGCGGCCGGCUGCCCUGGUUCUCGGCCGCCGAUAACCCGGUGGCGUCGUGCGGCAGCCGUCUGAGCCGGGCACUGACCCUGCUGCACCUGCCGGUGGUCUCGGCGGGCCUGCUGCUGCUGCCCAGCCAGCUCAGCUACGACUGGUCCGAGACAGCCGUGCCGCUCAUCACACAGUUGGGCGAUCUCAGGAACGUCGUCUCGGCCGUGUUUUAUGUUGGCCUGGCGGCCAUGUUUUACGCAGCGUGUCAUCCUUUUUCCGACACCAGCUCAGCUAGCAUCAACGUCAACCACAACAACAACACCGUGAAGAGAGCGGCAGACACGGGCGCGGACGGCCCGGGCCGAGCGUCUCUGCUGUUCGCGCUCAGUUUCGCCGUGCUCAUGUUUCUUCCUGCCAGCAAUCUGUUCUUCUACGUGGGCUUUCUGGUGGCGGAGCGGGCCCUGUACGCCCCGUCGGUGGGGUUCUGUCUGCUGGUGGGUGCCGGACUGGCUCUGGCGGAGUCCCGCUGGCGCCGGAUAGGGCCCACCCUCAGUGUGCUGCUUCUGGCCGUGCUGGCUGCGCGAACUGUGGUCAGAAACCAGGACUGGCGAGACGACAGGGCCCUCUACACCGCUGGCAUCCGACACUCACCGGCCAAAUCGCUGGGUAACCUGGCCACCAUUCUGGCCAGCCAGGGUCGUCUGGAGCAGGCGGAGCGGGCUUACCGGGCGGCGCUCUCGGUCCGAGGGAACAUGGCAGACGUCCACUAUAACCUAGGAAACCUUUUAUACUCGCAAGGGAAGUACCGUCAGUCAGCAACCUGCUACCAAGAUGCGGUCGGAUAUCGACGACAAUUUGCUCAAGCCUACCUCAAUUUGGCUCACGCCCAUCUGAAGCUAGGUCAGUCUGUGCUGGCUCGACAAGUGCUGCUCGCCUGCCGUGACCUGCACGGGUCGCGAAUACGUGACCCCCGGUCACACGCCUCGGCCAAGGUCGGCUGUUUGGUGGAGCUCGGUCGGCUGUACGCGGAGGAGGACAAGGACCCACCCCUGGCCCUCAAACAGUACCUCCUGGCACUCGGACUGGCUCCCGAAGGCUACAACAAAGAGACCAUCUAUAACCUGAUCGGAGAGGCUCAGUACCGCAUGGCCAACUACGAGGAAGCUGAGAGCUGGUUCAAGAAGGCGCUGGAAAUUCAGCCCGCCAUGGUGCACGCCCACCUGUUCUACGGAAAAAUGCUCGCCAAAAAUAAAACUCGCGUAGACGAGGCAGAGGGCUGGUUUCACCGAGCACAGACAACGGCGCCGAACAACUAUGUUGUCUACCUUCAUUACGGCCAGUUCCUGUAUGAGACGGGCCGGCUGCGUGAGGCAGCUGCUGUGUAUGUGCGCGGCACUGAGCUGGCGCCCAGCGAGUAUGACCUGACCUUCAACCUGGCUAACGUGUACCGCGAGUUGGGACGCUACCAGCAGGCCGAGGACUUCUACCGGCGUGCGGCGCACAUCCGACCCGAGGACGUGCAAAGCCACCGUAACCUGGGCGCCAUUCUGCACCUAACCGGCCAGCUGCGGGAGGCAGAGGCCGCCUACCUGACCGCGCUGCGUCUCAGUCCCGGCGAUCACGUGACUGAGGUCAACCUAGAGCGUCUCUACAACGUCAUGGAGAGGCACGACCUGCAGCCACGAGACGCGACCCCCGAGAGGCGUGAACGCAGAGGGCGGUCAGCCGCCAACGGCACCUGACCUCGGCCCUGACAGCGGCCUUGGGCUGUUGUCGAUCGGGCGACGGGCCAGCGACGAUAGAGGGAGGGAGGGAGAUGCGGUCCAGCAGCUCCCUCGCCCAGCCGACCGAUCUCUGGCGUCACAUGGUCGAGAGUUAUACGUUGAAUCCUGCAUUCCUGGCUCACUGUUGUGCCUGAUACCGAAGGCGAGAGGUGGAGCUACCGACCAGUCCCACCAGAUCGCCACUAUGAUCUCAGAAUGAACGCGUUGUUUGUCGAUCGGUAUUGCCCUCCCGGUUGAGAGCGACGUGAAAUCGACCGCGCACAGAGAGAGUGUUGAUCUUGUUCCCCAUAUCUAAUGUGAUGAUCGUAUCGGACGGUGGAUAACUAUUUUAUCAACGUGUUGUUCUUGCAAUGUAAUACAUCUAUUGAUGGUUGA